AUACAGAUUAUAGCAGUGAAGAAGAGGUUGCUCCCCCUGUAGCUGAUGUUGUUCCUUCGACUAGUAGGCAACACCGCGUCCGAACCCGUGUUAUAGCCAGAACUCAGCAGAGUGAACGAGUUAGAGAAACAGUGAACAGAAACCGCUUGACAACAGCACAACAAAUUCAGAACAUGCCAAGCAGCCUCACAUCAUCUCUUCUGGAUGAAACCAUUGAGGCAGUUGUAGCAGCCGCAGCCGCCCACCAGCGUCCUCUUACACCACAGGCUCCUAUGAGGCAGGAGGAACAAACAGGUAGGAGGAAGAAAGCCAGGAAAAGAACUCAUAAAAAAUCAGGGAAACGGCCAAGGAGACGCAAACGUCCGAGGAAGAAAAAGGGGAAAAAGGCAAAGAAAUCGUCUACUGCUCGCUCCCGUAUUGCAAAAGCUCUUGGUAUUGGUAAACCUGCGUACGGGGGCUUGCUUCCUUCUAUGCACAAACCAUCAGAGCCCUCGCUUGAUAUGAUGAGAGCAGAUAUUGGUGUAGCUUCUCUGUCUGUGCUGGGAGACCCGCAUGAGUUGGAUUUUUGCGAAAGUAAUGGCGAGUUUCCAGCAAAUGCAGAUUCACCAGUGAGUGCGAGGAGAGUUCUCUCUCAGUCAGCGCUGAGGUCUCACCAGCCUGUCGCUAGACCUGUUUCUAUGGGACUUCCCAGAAGCAGUGUACCUUCCUUGAGUCCUGAUCAAGGAGCGGGAGCUGCCCCUGUGCCUGAUCUGUUGGGAAGUAUCCUGUCUGGACAGACCCUUCUCAUGAUGAAGAGUUCGGAUGUGGUCAUCAACAGAGAUGGUACGCUGAUGGCAAAGACAGCUGUAGCUGCGAGUCGGCUAUUAGACCCACCUCUCGAGAUAGUUGACAGCUCUGAGCUUCCCAGGACACCAACGAUUCAAAAGCAAGCCGGUGUGGAACCAGAACCCACAGGAAGCCAAAGCUGUGACAUCCCCAGCUGCUGUAUAACCCAGCUGACUGGCAAAGAAACCACUAAGCAGCCAGGACAGGGUGGCAGGGUGCAAAGUCAGAAGUCAAAUGCCAAGGAAUCUCAGCCGGAAACGCUUACAAGCGGGACGUCUUCUUCUACCAAUACAGGCCUGUAUGGCGGUUCAUUGCUGGUGGGCACUUCGAGGAGCAAAGGCCUAAGCUCUUUCGAGAGUUUUAAAAUCAACAUUCCUGGAAACGCAGGGCAUCCCAGCAGACUCUCUAGCCCGGGAUUUUGUAACACCUUCCGCCCCGUGGAUGACAAAGUGCAACAGAAGGAUACUCCUUCACCGGUCUUCUCAGUUAAGAAGAAGCAGGUCAAAAGUGAAAUAUAUGAUCCCUUUGAGCCAACAGGAUCCAACUCGAGUUCAGCAAACAGCAGUCCUGAAAGGCUUGGCUCAGGGGUCCCACUGACUAAUAUUACCCGGACUAUUUCCAUUGAAAGUCCAGAAGUUCAGACAUUUCAAACUGUCCGUAGUUUCACCCCUUACGUGGCAGAAAAUGUAUUUGUAUCUGGGGCUGACUCUGAUGUAUCAUCUAGUAACACAGAGUCUCAUGAUGACGUGACAGUAGAAAGCAGGAUUGUAGAACAGAUCUCGGACACAGAGGAACGAGACAACACCGACGAGGAAGACUUUCUAAGCAGUCCUUGCACUUCCUCUGCUGUUAAGCAGGUUUCUAAAGCACAGUGUCUAAAGGAGGAAAGAAGAGAGGGCCCUAAUGUUUUCUUUAAUGCUGAAGAACUGAUUAGACCUCACAUAAAUGUGAAAUUAGCACCAGCCAGGCCCUCAAAGAAUGCUGAGCAGAAGAAAGUCCAAAAGGUAGAACAAGCAGAGAGGCGAUCACAUUCCAGAUCCAGCUCCCCAAGCAAGAAGAUGAAAAGGAAGAAGGCACUUGUCAAAGAGCAUAAGAGAUCCCGAUCAAGCUCAUCCAAAAGCGAAGUAACGGAUUAUGGGAUGGAGGUGAAAGAAGAGUGCCUUGGGUCGAGUGAGAAAACCAGUCACUUCACUCAGCCCGAACUGCAGGGUCCUGCACUGAGAUUGAAAUCACCGGUGAAGAGAGUUACCUGGAAUCUUCAAGAGGAGGGAAGUGGCAUGUUGUCUGCCGGAAAAGCUGCAAGGAUGCCGUUUUACAAACUCCAGCGAGCAAAUGAAGGCGACUGGAAAGCAGAGGACCUGAACCAAAUGUUAAAUCAGGUGUUCUGUCAAAAUACACCUUUGAUGGCACCUCUGCCCUCAUGCCUUCCCCUUUACGCUCCUGUCAGCCAGCCCACGGUUCAGUUUGUCGUGCAGGGUGGUCUUCCAACCCUUGGCUGCAUGACUGGACAGAGCCUGACUCUGGAGCCGGUCAGACUGGCUACUGCAUCCGAGCCAGGAAUCCAGGCUGCUUCCGCUGUAAAUGUAGAAGAAAAGAUCAAAGCACCCAGACCUGCAGUGGAUAAAACAAAAAAUGAGGAAUACAUGAAGAAGCUUCACAUACAAGAACGGGCUGUGGAAGAAGUGAAACUUGCUAUUAAACCUUUUUACCAGAAGAGGGAGAUUACAAAGGAGGAAUACAAGGACAUUCUUCGAAAAGCUGUGGAAAAGAUCUGCCACAGCAGAAGUGGAGAGAUCAACCCUGUGAAGGUCGCCAACCUGGUGAAGGCAUACGUGGAAAAAUACAAACAUAUGAGGAAAUACAAGAAGCCGGAUGGUGACGACACACGUGAAGUGGACAACUUGAGAGCGGGCCGCAACCAGCUUGACUUGAAGCCCUUAACUUUUUCAGACUGCCAACACUACGACUAA